AUGUCCAGGCGAGGCAGGAACAGCCGCGCAUGGCGAUAUGUUUGGGGGGAAAUACGGCGGGAUGCUGAUGCAAGAGCACUUGUCUUGGCCUCUGAAAGUGACGGAUGGGGUUACGAGCGCCUGGAGUACAGCGAUUCUGAUUCAGAGGCCGACUACUCCGCGGUGAUGGUCCCUCCGGGGCCCAGCGCUGUGCCAGUCACCGGGGAAUCUUACUGUGGCUGCGACUCCCAAGCUGAGACUAUACACCAUCGGAGAGGUUUUUACCAAGUCAAAGACUGUCACUGUGGAGAGGAUGAUAAAGAAUUUGACUGGGUUUGGGAUUCUGGCAGCCGAUCAACAGCAACGUUACUGAGCUGCGAUAAUCGGGAAGUCAGCUUCCAUUCCGUGUCAAGCUGCGGCACAGCUGCAAUCCGUGGGUCCAAGGAGCUGGCAGAAGGGCAACAUUUUUGGGAAAUCAAGAUGACAUCCCCUGUCUAUGGAACAGACAUGAUGGUUGGAAUUGGGACCUCUGACGUCAACCUGGACAAAUACAGGCAUUCGUUCUGCAGCCUUCUGGGAGAAGAUGUGGACAGCUGCGGUCUGUCUUACACUGGCUUGUUGCAUCAUAAAGGCGACAAGAUGAGCUUUUCCUCCCGGUUUGGUCAGGGUUCCAUUAUUGGGGUCCAUCUGGACACGUGGCACGGCACCCUUACAUUCUUUAAGAAUCGCAAGUGCAUAGGUAUUGCCGCUACAGAUCUCCAGAAUAAAAGGUUUUACCCCAUGGCGUGCUCCACAGCAGCAAAAAGCAGUAUGAAGGUGAUCAGAUCCUGCUCUGCACCCACCUCACUUAUGUAUCUGUGCUGUGCUCGCCUUCGCCAACUACUGCCAGACUGUAUAGACAGCCUUGACGUCCUGCCACUACCGCCGGGGCUUCGCCACCGGCUACACAACAAAUUAGGUUGGCUGCUCAAUCUCCACGGUGGCACCACAGAGGAGACCGCAGACUCCCCUGAUCGCUCUCCGUGCUUGGCCGUGCCUUCCUUGGUCGGGCAAUCGUCCUCUGAAAGCGACUCAGAGGGUUGUACGUCUGACCCCGAGGCCUGCCAAAGGAAGAGGUGCCGCUGGACUUAA